AGGAGCAGCAUCAGAGAGAUCCAGGCUAUGGGGCACUGAGGGAACCCAUCCAGCUGGGGGGGAUCAGGUCUGUGAGGAGCAGGCCUGAGGGGUGCUGGGGAGGGGGGUCUCAGCAUGGUGGAAGAUCCAGGGCCCUCAUGGCAGCCCUGCAGAGCUCUGUUGACACCUGGCGGGCAGGUGGCCGGGCUGGGCAACUACGGGCUGCGUGGGACCCGUCACAGCGUGGGCAUGGCGGUGCUGGACCGGCUGGCCCGGCAGCUGGCAGUGGCCGAGGGCUGGCGAGCGGACAAACGAUGCUGUGCUGAUGUCACCAUGGCCACAGCCCAGGGCCUGGAGCUGCUGCUGCUCAAGCCGAGGAGGCUCAUGAACCUGAACGGGCUCAGCGUCGCCAGUGCUGCUGAGAUCUACAAUCUCCACCCAGAAGACAUUUAUCUGGUUCACGAUGACCUGGACAAGGCCCUUGGCAAGGUGGCAAUCAAGAAAGGUGGAAGUGCAAGGGGACACAACGGGGUCCGAUCCUGCAUCAGUGCUCUGCACUCUGACGAGAUGACCCGGCUCAGGGUUGGCAUUGGGCGGCCGGAGGGUGAUGUGACAGUGUCCAGCUAUGUCCUGGCUCCAUUCAGCACCGAGGAGCAGGAGAGGCUGGAGCAGGUCCUGGCUCAGGCAGUGACGUUCCUGCUGGAUCACAUCCUGCAGAGGAGAGCACCCGUGGGGGAGCUGGGGGACAGGGGCUGACACUGACCCCAGGGACCUGCAUGACUGAUGGACACGGAUGGGGCACUGGGGAUGCUCCAGGGUGACCCGUGGUGUAGAGCAGAAUUGGCCCUGCCCAGCAGCCUUCCCAGGCUCUGGGGCAGCCCCAGGACUAUCCACUGAUCUGGGAAGCUCCUGUCCCACUCAGCACCUUCAGUGGCUUCAUGUGGCAGUUUGGCACAGAAAUGAAAUAAAUGAAAUAAACCUCC